AUGCCUCACAGCGUCCGCCAUGAACCGACCCCGCUGGAGAUUGUGAAAGAUAAUGACAUGGAGGGGAAGCUGCUUGGCAAGUGGGCUGUCAUCACUGGCUCCUCCUCUGCCACUGGCAUCGAAAUCGUCCGGGCACUAGCUGCCACUGGAUUAAGACUCAUCCUCCCAGUCCCAAAUCAGGCCAGAGCAAUAGUGACUCUAGGUGAUGCUUACAGCCCAAACCGCAUGGAGUUCGUCACAAUAGAUCACACGUCACUUGAUAGUGUACGAGAAGCUGCAAAACAUAUUAUAUCAAAGACAGAAAAGAUCAGUCUUCUCGUUUGCAACGAGACCGUCACGCCCUCUCCAAGUCUCCAGCUCACAAAGGACGGUUUUGAGAUGCAGUUUGCCACGAACCACCUCUCUCAUUUCUUGUUAUUCCAGCUUCUCAAGCCAGAGUUACUGGCAGCUAGCCGCCCUAGAUUUCAGUCCCGCGUCAUCAUGGUGGCAUGCGAGGAACACAGGAAGCACGGUCUAAAUGAGAAGGGUAACUACAACUUCGAAAAGGGAGGAUUCGAUACCGCGAUUGCAUAUGCGCAAUCCAAAACCGCCAAUAUAUAUAUGGCAAAUGAAAUCGAGCGGCGGUACGGAACUCGUGGGCUGCAUGCUCUUAGCACUAAUUCUGGCCGAGUCAUUGAUGGGACAUCUCGAUCGGAUGGCGGGGAAUCACUCCAUCCAAAUCUGCAGCUAGAAACCGUCCGGAAAAGCUGUGUACGAGGUAACACCACGACAAUUUGGGGAGCUAUCGGAAGAGAAUGGGAGAGUAAAGGUGGGAGAUACUUGUCCCAUUGCGCUGAAUCACCAACUAGGGACUCUGAAGAAGAUAUACAUGGCACUACUUGCGCGAAGCACACAUAUAAUCCAGCGGAGGAGGCUAGGUUGUGGCAAGACUCUCUAGACAUGAUCGGCCUUCUAGAUGAUCAAUAG